CUGACACGUACUGUUUGUUGUAGAAAAAAAAGUGAAGCAGGAAGAAGAAAGGCAGAAACGGAGAGCUCGGAGCUCAGGAGAGCUAAGAGAGGAGACUACAUUCAGGAAUCCCUUGGAUCUCUAUCCCUGGUUCCAUCAUGAACGUGUUUGAUCGCAACAUCAACUUCGACGCCCUCUUUAAGUUUUCCCAAAUAUCUCAUUCCACCCAGGUGCACUUGAAGAAUGUGUACUCCAGCCUGGCUGUUUGUAUGUUUGUGGCUGCAGCCGGAUCCUACAUCCAUGUGGUGACACGCCUCUUUCAGGGCGGCGUGCUGUCGGUGCUCGGUUCCCUGGGGAUGAUGUUUUGGCUCGCCAUGACACCACACAACUCAGAGACAGAGAAGAAGAGACUGGCCAUCCUGGCAGGAUUUGCCUUCUUCACAGGUGUCGGCCUCGGCCCCACACUGGACUUUGUCAUCGCUGUCAAUCCAAGCAUCAUCGUGACGGCCUUCAUGGGAACCUCUGUGAUUUUCAUCUGCUUCACUCUCAGUGCCCUCUAUGCCAAACGCAGGAGCUACCUGUUCCUUGGAGGCACACUGAUGUCUGGUCUCUCCCUGCUCUUCCUGAUGUCUGUGAUGAACUUGUUCUUUGGAUCUGUGAUGCUGUUUAAGGCACACAUGUACCUGGGGCUGCUCAUCAUGUGCGGCUUCGUCCUGUUUGACACUCAGCUCAUCAUCGAGAAGGCCGAGAAUGGAGACAAGGACUACAUCUGGCACUGUGUGGAUUUGUUCCUGGAUUUUGUCACUAUCUUCAGGAAACUGAUGGUCAUCCUCGCAAUGAACGAUAAGGAAAAGAAGAAAGAAAAGAAGUAAAGAACGUUUGAAGAAAUCACAUGAUCUGUGAGAUAAAGGCACAAUUUGCAACGCACUUGGUGCUUUCACUUUCUGUCUUCAUUUAUUGAAUUAACUUCCUCUGUGGUCUUAUAUUAUUGAAGAAAAACUUUUUCUGCUUUAUUUUUCAAACUUACAACAAAGAGGUUGAAUGUAAGUUUUGUUUUUUUCUGGUAAACUAAUGCUAGUCCCAUGAUGGCUGUGAAUGGAUAGACCAAUGCUGCAGUGAUCGUGUUCGGCCUGUAGAGGGAGGCGUUGCUUUAUGUCAGCCCCCUGAAGCUGAGCAGCACUUACUGAAAGUUUUCAUAUUUACUGUUAUUUAGUGCCAUAAAUUAACAACAUGAUAGGCUCCUUUUUUAGUGAGAGCUUCAGAGACUGAUCGUUGUUCAGUUUGACUUCUGUGAUUUCAGCUUUUUUCUAGUUUUCCUCAGUUCUCUUUAGUGGAGUGUCACGAGACGUGCUGUCCCAUGAUUACAACAGAUUCCUCUCUCCCUCCCCGCCUAAACAAAUCUCCCUGUAAUUGUUUUCUUCCAACAAACCUAGUUUUGUGAGCGAGCAGGAUUGGUGAAGCCUGAUGAUAUUUCAGCCUGUCGUACCCGUGAUGAACACUAACUCGAUCAGUUUGUUUGAGGAGGUCGAGUCGCUCCCAUGUUUUCAACCUGGAGUUACAAAAUCAGGCGAGUCGCUCCGGCCUCCGCGUGUAAAUUUCUCUAAAUAUCUUGUCUAGAAAUUAGUUUGCCAAACGACAUGAUGUUAACCUUAUGAUUUUUUUGAAGGUGUAUACUGUGAAGAAUUUAUUUUAUUGAUGUAAAAUUGAAACUAAUAAUUUGAUACAUUUGCUCAAAUAAAUGUGUUGAACGUA